AUGACGCAGAAAUAUACGUUGUGGAUUGCUGAUCCUAAUAUUCAAAAAUUGUAUUUUUUUGUCCGUGCCCGUGGCAAGAAAGAACGAUGGGCUGCCAACAAGCUUCUCAAAGAGACCAAUACUACAGCCGGGCUUGGUCGUGAUACUCCAGCGUCAGACGUGGGUGUCGGACGCAAGGGGAGGAAGGACAAGAUGACUGCCAAUGACUAUGAUACACCUGCCAGUGGUGUGGCUGGCAAGCAGAAACGUGAGGUGAAGUCCAUGUCUGUGACGCCUUUGGUGAUCGACGAUGACGAGAAAAAGUAUGACAUGGCGAAGGGGUAGUGAUCUUGCUUCGACGUCCUGCAUGGAGGAAGUUAUGUUGCAGUGCUGCUUGAGGUUUCAUCCUUCGCUCAGGAUCCCAUACAAAGCA